AUGAACAACCUUAUCACUGAUACUUUUCACCUUAAUGUUCGUUCACAUAUUCUUAAUACCUCUGAAUCUUACGUCCUUUGUGAGAAUGAAGCCAAGGAUGCCAAGGAAGUUGUGAUGGUUGAGGAUGAUGAAUUGCCAAAAUCAUCCAGGAAGAGGAAACACUCUGAUGUGUGGGAUCACUUUGAGGAGGUUGAGGUGCUUUCAAAGAAGAAAAAAGGUGAAACAGAGAGAAAAGUUAAGUGCAAGGCUUGCAGCAAACUGUACAUGUACCCGAAGACUGGAACUACAACUACAAUGAAGAGGCAUCUGGAUGGCUGCUUUGCACAUCAUGGUGAGGAGAACAUCAAAAAAGGUCAUGGCACUCUGAAUUUUGAUGCGGCUGAUGCAUGUGGUAUUGAUCUUCCAGUAGUCAAUUUCUCUGGUGGCUAUGAUCAUGCAAAAAUUCGUGAGCUUAUUGCUACAAUGAUAAUUGUCCAUGAGUACCCUUUCCGCAUGGUCGAGCAUUUCUGGUUCAAUGUGUUGAUGAAGACUUUGAAUCCUUCUUAUCAGAAGACAUCAAGAACCACCAUCAAAAAUGAAUGUUUGCAGAUUUUUAAGUCCCGAAAGGAAACACUGAAGAAGGAACUUAAGCAUGUUGGAAAAAUUAGCCUCACAUGUGAUCUCUGGACCUCUAACCAAACUCUCUGUUAUAUGAGCUUGGUGGCACACUAUAUUGAUUCAGAAUGGAAUAUGCAGUACCGUGUGAUUAGUUUUCUUGAACUGGAGCCACCACACACAGGUAUUGUGAUAUCUCAGGCUAUAUUUGAGUGCCUUUCUGAUUGGAAGAUUGAAGACAAAAUUGCAACUAUAACUCUUGAUAAUGCUUCUUCCAAUGACGUGGCUGCUUGUCAACUGAUGUCCAAGUUUAAGGCCAAAGGAAGUGUGUUUUUCCAUGAACCACUCAUUGAGAACAUCAGGCAAACUGUUAAGUAUUUGAAGAAAUCUCCAUCUCGGCUCUACAAAUUUACUGAGAUUGUCAAGUCACUUAACAUGUCAACCAAGAGGGGGUUGUGUCUUGAUGUUCCAACUAGAUGGGGAUCCACAUACAAGAUGCUUGAGCGUGCCUUUUCUUUCAAAAAUACAUUUUUACAUUAUGCAGAUUUGGAUGCCAAUUAUAAGUGGGAGCCAUCUAGUCAAGAGUGGAGGUUGUAUGCUAAAAUAAGGGAUAUUUUAGCAGUGUUGAGCAUGGCGACCACUGUGUUUUCUGGAUCAACCUAUCCUACAGCUAAUGAGUUCUUUCUUCUAAUUGUGAAUGUUAAGAAGGUCCUCAAUGAUGCAUCUGUCUCUACAGAUAAAUUCUUGCAUGAUAUGGGAAAUGCUAUGCUUCAGAAAUUUGAGAAGUAUUGGAAAGAGUGCAGUACUUUGCUGUCAAUAGCGUCAAUUCUGGAUCCAAGGUACAAGAUGGAUCUAAUUAAUUUCUGUUUUCCCAAGAUAUAUGUUGCUAGUGACAUUGAACACAACAUUGACUCAGUAAGUUCAACACUGAAGGAGUUGUAUGAACAUUAUGAGAGUGAACACACAGCCAACUUGGUUGCAGCAGAAAAGAAAGUGGAUAAUCAGGCCGUCGCUUCAGAAAAUGGGACAUCAAGCAAUAGUCUCAUGGCAAUUUCAACUCAGUUUCGUACCUUCAUGAAGACUACUGCUAAAAAGGUUUCCAAGUCAGAUCUAGUUGCAUACUUAGAUGAGGCUGCACUUAAUCAUUCAGAAGACUUUGAUGUGCUACUUUGGUGGAAGCAAAAUUCAUCAAGGUAUCCAAUACUAUCCAAGGUUGCGAAAGAUAUUCUUACUGUGCCAGUCAGUACUGUUUCUUCGGAAUCAUCAUUUAGUACUGGAGGCAGAGUGCUUGAUAAUUAUAGAAGCUCUUUACUCCCAAAUACUGUUGAGGCUUUGGUAUGUUCAGCUAGUUGGAUUAGAGGCUCCCAAAAGAAAAAGAAAGCUAACAAGGUGAGUUCCUGA